UGACAUCUCAGGCGCGAAGGCUGAACAAGAAUAAGUUGCAAAAUGUCGACUUCUGUGUUAGAGGCCACACAAAAUGUGUACGAACAGAGAUUUAAUUGCAUUGUUUGCCUGUCUCCACGUCUAAAAAUGGUUUAUGGAAUGUGUCAGCAUCGGGUGUGUGAGGACUGUUUAUACAAUGAUGAUAUCAGAAGGCCAAGCUUUGAUAAAUGUCCAGCAUGUUUGAAGGAAGACAUGUUUCCCUUACUCAGACCUGAUAUUCCAGAAGAUAGCAUUGAAGGUCAGAAGUGCUUGGGCGUACGGUCAUGUCCAAAUGAAGGCUGCAAUGUGGAAAUGUGGGAAUGGGAAGUGGAAUCACAUCUUGUGGUGUGUCCAAACAGAAUGCAGAAGAGUGGGGUAAAAAAGAAGAGACCAUCAUUACCUGAAAAUUGCAGUGAAAGUGAAAAGAAACUAAAAUCACAAUCCAAAGCAGAGGUUGGAUCAACAAGAGUGCUAAGAUCUAAAUCGUUAUCAGUACGUGUGUCUGGGACAAGAAGAAUGUACAGACGUUCUCGGAAUAGCACCAAUAUUUUGACAUAACUCUUGAGAAAGAAACUUUGUAAUUGCCAAGUUUUGUGUGCUCUAUUGGUAAUUAAUCGUCUAUGUAUCGCCCAUACCCUACUUGAAAGCCCAACAUUUACAAAUUCCAGUUUGAAUUUUAUUAUUCACAAUUUCGACAUUUUCUCUGAUAUUCACACUCCAACACACCUGCAUUUGUUGGCGUAAGACUAUAUAGAUACAUAGUAAAUUACCUAGAGCUGAUGAUUGAUUAUAAUCGGAAAUUGAAUUCUGUUUGCCCUUUCUGAUUCCGAUUAUCGAUUACUUAAUCUAUAUAAUAGACUUAUUAUUGAAAUCAAAGUGUCAAAUUUAUGCAAUGUAAAGUAUGCAUUGAAAUUCAUUUAUUCUUUUUUUUCUUUCUAUAUGAUUGACAAAACAACAUUAAAGCUGCUCGCAAUCAAUUCAUUAUAAAAUAAUUAAACCUUAUGUAUAGUCACUUGAUAUAAAAAUAGUGUUUUCACUUUAUUUUGGUAUUCAGUCCCAUGAAAAUAUAAACCAAUUAUGCAAUCGGUUUUAACUUUCGAUUACAAACCGAUUGUUGAUUAUGAUUUUAAACUGACAGAUUGCCCAUCACUAAUAUUUACUGAAUGUAUAAGGACCCCUGUGCCACUGCCGUCCUUAAAUGACUUAGCUGUUUAUAGGACGUCAAACUUUCACAAAAACCAAACCACUGCCAAUUCUAUAGGCAUGCAUUGUAAACUUUUUUCCCAACUUAGCUCUAGCUUUAAUAAGUUGCUUUCUGAAAAGAAAUCCACACCUUUUUUGAAAAAAAGGAUAAAGAAA